AUGUCGCCGGAGUUUCAGUCCAGCGGCGUGGCGACGCAGAAGUCUGAUGUGUAUGCUUUUGGAGUGGUGAUACUGGAGCUUUUAUCCGGGGAGGAGCCGUUGAAGUUCAAGUUUGACGAGAAGAGCCGUGAUUUUGUGAGGAAAUCGGUGAUUGAGUCGGCGAGAUCCGCCGUGGACGGUGGCGAGGGUGGCGUGGAAGGGAAGCUGAGGAUGUGGGUGGAUAGGAGGUUGAAAGAUUCGUUUCCGGUUGAUGUUGCUGAGAAGCUGACACGUGUAGCGUUGGAAUGUGUACACGUGGACCCGGAUCAAAGGCCUAACAUGGGACGCGUCGCAGGGAAGAUUUCCACGUUGUAUUUGAAGUCUAAGCAUUGGUCUGAUAACAUGAAAUUGCCUGAUAUGUCUUUUUCAUUGGCUCCUAGAUGA